AUGGUUUUGAUUGGAGUGACGCUAUCGAAAAAACUAAAGAGUAAAUAAUUAUAAUCACUUCGUUACUAUUCUAAUGGAAGUAAGACGAUAACUACAUACUACUGCGUUACACAAAUCACUAAUUAUCUUUCAGGACGAGCCUGCAUGUUAUGGCAACUCCAAAUAGUUACAAACAGAACUCAUCAAUGUCGAUGCCAAGUCCACAGAGCAAUCCGCGUUUGUAUUCCUCCUUAUUUUUUUAUUAAUUAGUAUACUACAAAAAUAUUUUUUUAUUAAAAAAUUUGCCAUGUAGUGGCAACAGAAUCCACUGUGGUGUCACAAGAUGUGUCCAAUUGAAAUGAACCAGGAGAUGGGCAGCAGCACUUUCCUGAUAACAUUUCAAAAUAAUAUAAUUGCCAAAAUUCCUGCCAAGCGUAGCAACGAAGACUUAAGUUUGGCAGUGAACUUAUGAUAAGCUGUAAUGGAUAGUGAUGAAUGAAGAAUAAGUAUGUUUUAAAGUAUAUUGAAUAAAACAUUUUUAUGGAUCUUAUCAUGUUUAAUUUCAACUUAUGGGAAAGAUGGGAAUACAUCCCAUCUUUCCUGGUGGACAAACAUAGAGAGAAGAAAGUUGAAAUUAAACAUCUAUCAAAAUAGUUUUCUUUUAUCACCUUAAGAUAAGAAAUCAUUAUAAAAAAUAUUCAAAGAUUUUUUUAAUGAUGAUAAACAACACUUAAACAUAUUUAAUGCAUUGUUAUAUUGUAGAAUGUUAGUUACUAACUUAUUUAACUAUAUUAAAGUGCUAAACUAUACUCCUUGCGAUGCAAGCUUAGCAGGGUUCAGUACAGUACUUGGUAUUGCUGGUAUCUAACCGCUGUGUUGAUCCUGACAAGCAUGCUGCCGUCUCUUUGCUUUUAUCUCAUUCAGUUUUUUGCAUCUGCAACUUGUCUAUUUUGAUUUCUUAUUAAUUUUAUACUUGUAUAUGCAUUUUAGACUUACCUUGUUCUCUUUUGUUGGUUUUGUUUCAUGUUAUGUUAUGUUGAAACAGACUACAUGAUUGCGGGGCCCCCAAUGAGUUUCGGUAUGAUGAAAGGCGGUAUGAAUGCACCGCCGCACCAUAACCAAUACCAGUACCACCCGCAAUACCAAGGUGGGCCAGUGGGCCAUGGUGGCCAUGGAUUUGGAGCGUGGCCGCCUCCACAACAACCGCGUUUCGCUGCAGAAAGCGCAAGGAGGACCACCUCUGGAGGCGGGGGAGGCACGGCCACACAGGCCUCCAAGGAUGAUAAAACCAGUCCAUUCAUUUCGACCGUGCAUUCGCAUCCUGGGUUUCAACCACAGAAGAUUGGAAAAGGAGCUGGUUCGGGUUCAAGUCUCCCGAAACCACCGAAAGCGCCAGAAAAGCCAUUAAUGCCAUACAUGCGCUACUCGCGCCGAGUAUGGGACAGUGUUAAGGCAGCACAUCCCGAUCUAAAACUAUGGGAGAUUGGUAGAAUUAUUGGUGGCAUGUGGAGGGAUUUACCCGAGUCAGAAAAAGCUGGAUUUGUUGAUGAAUAUGAAGCUGAAAAGUCCGAGUAUGAAAAGAGUCUCAAGGCGUACCACAAUUCGCCGGCUUACCUGGCCUAUAUUGCGGCGAAAAACAAAGCUGUAGUAGGGAAUCUGGAGGAGGAGAGCUCAAGUAAAAAGGGAAGCUCACAGAAGGAGCAACAACAGCAAGACAGAAGAAUUGACAUACAACCUGCUGAAGAUGAAGAAGAUCAAGAUGAAGGUUUGUCUAUCAAGCAUGUGGCAUACGCGCGUUAUCUUCGCAACCACCGCUUGAUCAACGAGAUAUUCUCCGACACCGUAGUCCCGGAUGUCCGGUCGGUGGUCACCACCGCAAGAAUGCAGAUUUUAAAGAAGCAAGUUCAAUCAUUGACAAUGCAUCAGAAGAAGCUUGAAGAUGAGUUGCAGCAAAUAGAGGAAAAAUUUGAGGCAAAGAAAAGAAAAUUCAUUGAGAGCAGCGAGACUUUCCAGGAAGAACUUAAGAAGCAUUGCAAGCCAGCAGUAGACGACGAUACUUUCCAACGCAUGGUAGAAAGAGCUUUGGAGCAAAUGCGUCGUGGAGUGAACCCAACACAACCGCUUGCACUGAGUGUUAUCGAAAGGAAGGAUGAGUCAAUGGAACAAGACUCAAACCAAAUCAAGACUGAGGCCAAUGGACCAAACCCACCCACACAAGUGGACAAAGUUUCUACAACUGAAGUCAACAAGCCCGAUGGGAAUAUUACUACGGAACUUAAUAAGCCUGAAGGCGAGCUUGCAGCCAAUAAGGAACAACCACCAGUUGAAACUAACAAUGCUGUGCAAGAGGGAGACAUCACCGUCAAAGAAGACAAACCCGUUGAAUUAAAAGUGGAACCAAAAGAAACACAUGGGGCUCCAACAACUCCAGGAGGUCCCCCACAGCAGCCUCAACAACAUAUCACAUCACCUCCUCACCAUGCAAUGAUGAUUCCACCAAAUCCCAAUGCCGGACCUCAUCAAGCACCACCGCAUGCUGGGCCACCUCCACCACCUGGCGGCGGUGGCUACGGCGCCGCGUACGGCGGGCGCUACUACGGCGGCUACGGCGGCGGGUUCCCGGGCGGGUACUACUACGCGGGCGAGCACUACGCGCACCACGCGCACCACCACCACUCGCCGCACGCGCCGCACCCGCCGCCGCACGGCCCGCCGCACGCGCCGCCACACGCGCCUCCGCACCACCUCGCCAAAGCUGAGGAACCGCAACUGAAGAAAGAGGGUGAAUGAUUGUCACCAAAACGCGUCGUCAAACGACGUCGCAAGUCCUCCUCCAAGGACACUCAGUGACGGACAUUAGUUCAGUAAAGUGUUUCGAAAUUACAUUUCCUUCAAAAUUGAAUACAUUAUAAGGUGCAUGUACCAUAUUGCUUAUGUGUAAUAAGUGCUUUAUAAAAAUAUAGUUUAUCAUUCCAUUAAAUAUGUUCAGAUAACAAAUUUAUAAAUCAUCUAAUGAACAUCGGUUUGAAAUAAAAUAUGCAUUUUAUUUAAUUAAAUAAUAACUGGUUAUCUUUAGUAAUGUCUCUUAAAAUUAAUGUGAACACUGUAAAUAUUACUUCUAAGAAUACAGUUUUCUUUUUACAAAUUGUGUAAUUUUGUCAGUAAACAAAACAUGGUCUUUGUUUUAAUUAUAAUACUCAGAUUAAUUGAUUCACAUUGUAAUACUGGACAUUUCUGUUAAAAAUAGUAAUGAUUGAAAAAAAAAAACAAUAUGUAGAGUUAAGGUGAGAUUACGCAAAAAUGGAGAAGAGUUAUAUUUUUCAUACAAAUGACAACUGGAGCCCACUUCAAUCUACUUCAUCUAUCAUUUAUAUGAAAAGGAAAUGCGUGCUAAAUAAAAGAUUUUCAAAUAAAUGAAACAACUAAAUCUAAAUCUUAUUUACAUAUAUUUUAAGUCUAUAAUGAAUCUUAAUGAAUAUAAAUAGAAGACCACAGUAAUAUGAUAUUACAUCCUUAUAAUAUGAGAAAACUACUUAGUAUUUUUUUUUAAAUAAACGACGCUUAUCUAUUAUCAUCUUGAAUUCGGAUGCUAUUCGUGCCAAAUUGGGCAAUGAUGGGUCGACCGCUUAAUAUGGUGCCGUUGACUUCAUCCAGGGCUUUUAUGGCUAAAUCUUCAGCUGAAAUUAGGAAAUAAAUAAUUUU